AUGGAGGUAGACCGUAGAUUCACUGCCUUCAGUGAGGAAAUCACGGGAGCUGAGCGCUGGAACAUCUACAGAAGCUCAGCGCUGAGCUUCUGUACCAUAAGUACCCCAAGAGUAUCCAAAGAUCAGUACCAACAUUACAUUCCACGCUUCAUUCUACGUCGAUUCCAACCUGAGGAUUCGGUGGCAAAAACGAGGGAUCAGAAGCGACAAGCCUACAAAGCAGCCAAGAAGGCUGGGAGUGCAGUACCAGAGAUCGAUACGAUCUCAUUCUACGAUGUUGAAAAGGGGGUUCUGGACCGUCGUCCUGCUGGGAAGGCAUACGGGGAGAUGAACCUCUACAAAGACGUCGGAGACCCCACCAACGUCAAUUACAUCGAAGAAAAAUUCUCCGAGCUGGAAGCUAAAGCCGCCCACCUCAUCAAUCAAAUCCACGACGCUCGCCCCAAGAGGGAAAUCACCAUUAAAAGAAAGCAACUCGAAACAUUGCGCAAAUUCAUAUUUCUACACUAUCGCAAAGCUACACAAGUUGCCUCGUAUUUUUCGCAGGACCACCCAGAAAACGCGCCUCUCGCUACCUGGAUCCGUAAAUUCAAAGAAAAAAAAGGCUUUGAACACGAUUUUGACGUGUGGCUAUUUGGCAUGCGUUACUAUCUUGAUACUCCCCAUCACGCUAUCAUUUCCACCGCAGAGGAACUCAAAAAAAAAUACGGGCCUGCAAAAUUGGCGGAAAUGAUUCUCAGAACCCAAGUCGACGCCGACUUUGAGAAUUGGCAUGCCAUGGAAUAUGAAAGCAUAUCAAACACCUACUUCUUGGGCAUUUGCGAGGCUGCGGACGGAGAAGAGUUUGUGCUGGGUACCAACGGGUUUGGACUGUGGGAAGGUCUUAUCAUGGGAGAAUCGGGUGCACAUCGCCUCUGCGUCAUCAGUCCGCAGCUCGCCAUCAUCCUGAGGAACGUUUUGUUACAACUCCCCGGGUUGAGAGCAAUGGCGCAGAGCUCUUUGUCCGACAUCUCCUUAGAAAAAGCUGAUACCCAGUAUUCGACGAGCCAAGAUUUUUCUUCUGCUAAAGAUGGAAAAGGAUUACAAGAGAUCGCUGCAGCACUAGCAGCUUAUCGGGCGACGCCCAAAGCUCAAAACGACCUCUUCACUUUCAAAAUAACCAAACUCACGGCGCACCAAACUCACGAAAUAAACGAAGUUAUCAUGCUAAACGUCAACCCUAACGGGUCUCUCACCUUCUGCUCCCCUGUAUCCGCACUCAACACGGUCCGGGCAUUUACCGCGUCGAAAGACCCAUAUUCUCAACGGAGAAAAAAGGACUACAGUGCGCUUCUCAAAGAAUUAACAAGCAAGCCGCCUCCUACAGCGAAUUCGGCACCCUCCCAAGAUUCAGAGGAUCAUAAGUUCAAACUCGUGUUCGAUUCUAUCGUGAACGGUGCAAUGGAAUUCAAAUCCGAGUAUGAUCGUGCCCACCGCGUCUUUCGUCUUUUGAAGGAUGAUUCGCCCUUGUCACAUCCCAUUGCCGUUGAAAUUCGCAAAUUGACAGGAACUAUUGUGGAGCGGUGGACUAGCAUCCUGCGCGCACCCCCAAAAAGUCAUAAGCCGCGUCCAGAAGCGAAUCUGGUGGAAAUACUCUCAGAGGAGGACUCUGAUAAAUUUUACUCUGUUAUGAAGACUUUGUUUUCAAUGCUGGGGGUAGAGAUACAAGAUGGGACGGUCUUGAUGGCUCUGGUUGAAGAGACCAUAAUUUUGUGUGUGGUCCAGUGGAUGGCCAGGAACCGACGUGACGUUUUGGAAAUUUUACUGUUGGACGUACAGGUCGUUACAGUGUAG